AUGAAGAAGCUUUAAAAUGCUAUGAAUAUGCUAUAAGAAUAGAUCCUGAAGAUUCGCUCUACUAUUUCAAUUCAGGUAUAGCAAAUAAUAUUUCCUCAUUUAGCCAAUAUCUUAUAAUAAAUGAAAAGAUAUGAUGAAGCAAUUUAAUAUUUUGACAAGGCAAUUAAUAAAUAAAAUGAAAAGGAGAAAUAAGAUCCAAAAUAUAUCAAUUAAAAAGGAAUCGCAUUAUAUGAAAUGAAAAAAUAUAAGGAAGCAUUAGAAUGUUUUGAAGAAGCAAUUAAGCUUAACCCAGAAGACUCAUAACUAUAUUCACAUAAAGCGAGUGCCUUAAGGCAAAUGCAUAGAUUAGAAGAUGCAUUAACAUAUAUAAAUUAUGCCAUUAAGUAUAAUCCAGAAGAUUUAGAAAAUGUAUGUUAUAAAGCAAAUAUUUUACAUGAGAUGAAAAAACUUGAUGAAGCCUUAGAAUGCUUUGAUUAGGCAGUUUAGUAAAAUCCAGAAGAUCCAAGAUAUCAUAAUAGUAAAGCAACAAUCUUAUGUGAAAUGAAAAAAUUUGAUGAAGCAAUAAAGCACUAUGAGUACGCAAUUCAGUAAAACCCAGAGGAGCCAACUUAUUUCUUUAACAAAGGUAUACAAUUAGUCAAUUUAAAUAAAUAUCAAGAUGCAUUAGUUUAUAUUGAUCUUGCAAUUUAAAGAUCUCCUGAAGACGCGAGAUUCCAUAUAAAUAAAGCUAAUAUCUUACAAAAAUUGAAGAAAUAUGAUGAAGCAUUACAAUCCUACGAUUAUGCAAUUCAGAAAAAUCCAGAAGAUUCAAUUUAUUUCUUCCACAAAGCAAAUCUUUUAACUAAGAUGAAAAGAUUUGAAGAGGCAUUAGAAUAUUAUGAUUAUUCAAUUUAAAGAAACCCUGAAGAAGCAGAUUUCCAUAUAAAUAAAGCAAAUAUCUUAUAAUAAUUGAAAAAAUACAAUGAAGCAUUAGAAUCCUACAAUCAUGCAAUCCAGAUAAAUCCAGAAGAAUCAAAUUAUUUCUUUAUAAGAGCAAAUGCAUUAGUUGAGGCUAACAGAUUUCAAGAAGCAAUAGAAAAUUUUGAAAACGCAAUUUAAAAAAACCCAGAAAAUUCAUCUUAUUAUUUUAAUAAAGCAUAGGCCUUAUGUUAAAUUCAUAAAUAUGAUGAAGCAUUAAAAUAAUUAGAUUUUGCAAUUUCGAAAAACUCAAACAAUCCAGAUUAUUUAGCUCAAAAAGCAAUAACAUUAUGUGAGAUGAAAAGAUACUUUGAAGCUUUAGAAUGUAUUGAAGAAGCAAUUAAAAAAUACCCACAGGAAUCAAUUGGUUACUUUAAUAAAGGAAAUGUUUUAUUGUUAUUGAAAAGAUAUGAAGAAGCUUUAAAACACUAUGAUUAUGCAAUUCAGAAAAAUCCACGCAACUCCUAAUAUUUCAAUUAGAAAGGUCAUAAACCUCCAUUAUAUUUAGCAAUUGCCUUAGAUGAAAUGGGCAGAUAUAAAGAAGCAUUAUAAUAUUUUGAUAAAGCAAUAUCAAUUAAUCCUGAAGAUUCAAGAUAUUUUUUCAACAAAGGUAUUAAAGGAUAUUAUAAUUUAUCAGCAAAUACUCUAUUUGAAAUGUAAAAAUAUGAAGAAUCAAUAAAGAAUUAUAAUUUAGCGCUUGAAAAAAACUCUAAAAUUCCAAUUUACUAUAUUAAUAAAGGAAAUGCCUUAGUUUAAAUGAAAAAAUAUGAAGAAGCUAUAAAAUAUUAUAAUAUUGGGAUUGAAUAAAAUCCUGAGGGAUUCAGUAAAUUACUUUAACAAAGGUAUAACCAAUAAAAAGUCCUUUCUUAGCAAAUGCCUUAUAUGAAUUGGAAAAAAUAUUGA